AAUAUAUUUAAUGACUUAGUAAAAAAAUUAGGACUAAUUUAGAAUAAUUGAAUGUAAAGAUAAGGAUAUUAGAGAAAAAGAGAGGGAGAGAUAGAGAUCUAGAGAAAGCAAGCAACUGCAUGUGGCCCAUUGCAUGUCAACUCACCCCUCUCUGAUAAUGGACAGAGGCGGAGACGGCCCAUCCUGGAGCGGCGGCGGCGGCGAUUUAUCCCCCGCUUCUGCGAUUCCAAGCAGGUACGAGUCACAGAAGCGGCGCGACUGGAACACCUUCGGGCAGUUCCUCCGCAAUCAGAGGCCGGCGGUGGCGCUGCCCGAGUGCAACAGCAACCACGUGCUCGAUUUCCUCCGCUACCUCGACCAGUUCGGGAAGACGAAAGUGCACCUCCAAGGGUGCAUAUUCUAUGGGCAGCCUGAGCCGCCCUCGCCCUGCACCUGCCCCUUGAGGCAGGCGUGGGGCAGCCUAGACGCCUUGAUUGGGCGUCUACGCGCUGCCUACGAGGAGAACGGAGGGUCUCCUGACACCAAUCCGUUCGCCUCGGGGGCCAUCAGGAUCUACCUGAGGGAGGUCAAGGAGUGUCAAGCUAAAGCCAGGGGGAUUCCGUACAAGAAGAAGAAGAAGCCCACCAAGAAUGACGACGAUUCCAAUUCUUCAUCCUCUUCAUCAAUGCCGUUUUCUUGAACCUUCAUUUAAAUGGGAAUUGGUGUAGCAGUGGAUGAGAAGCUCACAUGUAAUUUGAAGAGAGAAUGUCUUCAUCUUCUAAAAAGGGAUAAAGAAGCUACUUUAAUACUACUAGUAUAUACUAUUAUUGAGCUGGCUCAUGUUUUAUGACUUAAUAAGGCUGACAAGUCUUCUGGCUGGAUAGCAGAAAUAGAAAUGAACUAAAUCAAGAUUUUAGUUGUAAAUUAGUACUCCAUAAAAAUAUGAAAAGAAAAGAAACCUUAGUUGUCUA